ACACAACCGACCACAGCGCAUCUCCUAAAACGCCUAGCUUUAUAGCACAGUUUGUCCGCAUGUUAGGGUCUUUUUUUUCCUGCCUCCACACACUCCGUUGUUCCGUAGACGUUUGUCCAAGGUGGUCUGUUGUUCCAACAUGGGUAAACGAAGCAGGCAGAGGCAGAAAAACCAGAAUGCUGGCAGCAGAGACGACAGAGACAGCGCUGGCUGGGGAGCAGGCUACGCAGACAUCGUCAAAGAGAACAAGCUGUUUGAGCAUUACUACAAGGAACAAGGCCUGAUCCCUGAGGGAGAGUUUGAGCAGUUCAUGGAGGCGAUGAGGGAACCUCUGCCAGCAACCAUCCGCAUCACUGGAUAUAAAAGCCACGCCAAGGAGAUCCUCCACUGUUUGAAGGGAAAAUAUUUCAAGGAUAUUCAAGAUUUGGAAAUCGAUGGCCAGAAGAUUGAAGCCCCACAGCCUCUCAGCUGGUAUCCUGAUGAGCAGGCCUGGCACACCAACAUGAGCAGGAAGCUCAUUAGGAAGUCUCCCCUGCUGGAGAAGUUUCAUCAGUUCCUCAUCAGCGAGACGGAGUCUGGUAACAUCAGCCGACAGGAAGCUGUCAGCAUGAUCCCUCCUCUGCUCCUGAAGAUUGAGUCCCAUCACAAGAUCCUGGACUUGUGUGCAGCUCCGGGGUCAAAGACGGCUCAGCUGAUUGAGAUGCUUCACUCUGACAUGGACGUGCCGUUUCCAGAGGGUUUUGUGAUCGCCAACGACGUGGACAACAAGCGCUGCUACCUGCUGGUUCAUCAGGCCAAGCGGCUCAACAGCCCCUGCAUCAUGGUGGUCAACCACGACGCCUCCUGCAUCCCCACACUCCAGGUCCAAUCAGACGGCAAGAAGGACAUCCUCUUCUAUGACCGUGUCCUGUGUGACGUGCCCUGCAGUGGGGACGGGACCAUGAGGAAGAACAUCGACGUGUGGAAGAAAUGGACGACCAGUAACAGCCUCCACCUCCACGGGCUCCAGCUGCGUAUUGCAGUGCGCGGGGUUGAGCAGCUGGCUGUGGGAGGCAGGAUGGUUUAUUCCACCUGUUCACUCAACCCUAUAGAGGACGAAGCUGUUAUCGCAGCACUGCUGGAGAAGAGUGAAGGAGCGUUGGAGCUGGCUGAUGCGUCCGGUGACCUCCCUGGACUGAAGUGGAUGCCUGGGGUCACUUCCUGGAAGUUAAUGACCAAAGAGGGCCAAUGGUUCUCGGACUGGUCCGAGGUUCCCACCAGUCGUCACACUCAGAUCCGUCCGACGAUGUUCCCCCCCAAAGAUGUGGAGAAAUUGGCCGACAUGCACCUGGAGAGAUGUAUGAGGAUUCUGCCACAUCAUCAGAACACAGGAGGGUUCUUUGUGGCUGUGCUGGUGAAAAAAGCCCCGAUGCCCUGGAACAAAAGAUAUCCUAAGUUGAGGACGAACCCCUCGUCGAGCUCAUCAGCCCAAACUGCCGGCUCCUCUGCAGCCUCGUCCCCAGCUGACAACCCCCACCUCCCCACUGAUGGCUCCCCAGAGGAGGUGGAGGAAGAUGGCUCAGGAGGGAAAGGAGACGAAGAGGCAGAGCAUGAGGCGCCUUCAGGAGCUGCUUUGGCUCAGGAGGCUGGUGGUAAACAAGAUGCACGGUGUGGACCUCCACCCUCUAAAAAGCUGAGGUUGUUUGGGUAUAAAGAAGACCCCUUUGUGUUCCUGACUGAAGACGAUCCCGUCUUCAACACCAUCCAAUCGUUCUACGAUAUGUCUCCUGACUUCCCCAAACUCAACGUUCUGACCAGAACCCACGAAGGCAAGAAGAGACACUUGUACAUGGUGUCCAAAGAGCUGCGCAACGUGCUGCUAAACAACAGCGAGCGCAUGAAGGUCAUUAACACCGGGGUGAAGGUGUGGUCUCGUAACAGUGAUGGAGAAGAGUUUGGUUGUGCCUUCAGACUGGCUCAGGAGGGAAUCUACACCCUUCAGCCGUAUAUUCGCUCCAGGAUCAUCAGAGUGAGUGUGGAGGACAUCAAAGUGCUGCUGACUCAGGAGAACCCUUUCCUCAGCAAACUGGAGGACGCCGCUCACGCUCAGGCCAAACAAAUGGGAAUGGGCAGCAUUGUGUUGAAGUACAUCCCAAACCCAAAUAACCCCACUGAGCCUCAGUGUUCCAUCCAGCUGUGCGGCUGGAGGGGAAAGACCUCCAUCCGAGCCUUCGUCCCCCGAAACGAGCGCUUUCAUUAUCUCCGUAUGUUGGGCGUGGAGGUGUUCAGAGACAAACAGGGCCAGACGCUGAAAAGUAGGGAUGGAAAGAAGGAGGAGGAGGAGGUUGAGGGGGAGGAAACGGCAGCCGUGGAAAACGAGGCGGAGCUUGAGAACGGCGGUGAAGACCAAGCAGCGGAACCAAAGACUGACAGCAGCAACAAGGAGAGCUAGAGCUUUAGUGGAGAUAAAACAAUCACCAGAGUGACUGAUUCAAGCUGGAAGUGUUGACUGAAUCUGAAACCACACGAUAUGUUCGAGCAGCAAAAUGUGCCUCAGUUUACCAAGCUACCUGUCAGGCCUGGACCGGACUCCUUUUGAGUUUUAUCUCCCAGGAGUCAGCUUGUUAGUUAAAUGGCUUGUUUUAUUUUAGUUUAUGUGUUUAUUUUAGUUCCUUUUUAAUAGCAUCUAAUUUUCUACAUUUGUAGCCAAAGCAGAAAUAUUGAGUUAAUUAAAAAUUUGAAUUGACAGUCGUGUCACCUACAAGAUUUUUGGACCUUUUGGUGCAUUUUACAACCAUUUUGAUAAAAAAAAGUGUGGGGGGGGGUAAGAAAACGCAUUGAUCAGAAUUAGACAAUUGCUGACAGUUUCCACUUUUCAGUGAACGAUUUUCUAAUUAAAAACUAGAGAAUUUUA